CUUUGCUCAAGUGUGGGGCUGCGAUCGCGUAACAAAGCGAAAACGCGCGCUUUAGCGAUCUUGAUUUGCGUUUUCUGCUAACUAAAACAAACUUUUUCGAGUGUUACCGUAAUUUACAGUUUAUUCUUUUUAUAAGGCACUGUUGUGCAGCUAGACAGUCUUUUGACUCACGCCUUGAAGACUUCAACACUUAAUUACUUUCAGCGCAAAGCUAUGCACGCCUUCCUCAAGUCUGCGAAUCCCAAUCUCACUUUUCCGAAGGAAAAGCAGAAAGACUCUACAAAGAAACAAACGGCGAAAAAAGAGUCAAUCAUCCCAUGGGUUGAAAAAUACCGGCCCAAAACUGUCGAUGAUGUUGCACAUCAAGACGAAGUUGUAUCCGUGCUCAAGAAAUCACUCCAGGGCGCUGAUUUACCAAACCUGCUGUUUUACGGCCCCCCUGGCACCGGAAAAACGUCAACUAUCUUGGCUCUGGCCCGUGAGCUGUUCGGUGACAUGUACAAGUCCAGAAUACUGGAGCUCAACGCCUCGGACGAGAGAGGCAUUCAGGUGGUACGGGAAAAGAUCAAGAAUUUUUCGCAGUUGACAGCCAGUGGCAUCAGGCCCGAUGGAACCCCUUGCCCGCCUUACAAGAUUGUCAUCCUGGAUGAAGCAGAUUCCAUGACGUCCAGCGCCCAGGCAGCGCUACGACGAACGAUGGAAAAGCAGACCAAAACCACACGCUUUUGCUUGAUAUGCAACUAUGUGAGCAGGAUAAUCGAGCCACUGACCUCACGUUGCUCCAAGUUCCGCUUCAAGCCGCUUCCCAAGGAAGUCCUGCUGAAGCGACUUCGGUCGAUCUGCGAAGCGGAAAGCGUUGACUGCGAGGACGAUGUCUUGGGUUUCCUGAUGGAUGCUUGCGAAGGCGACAUGAGGAGAGCAGUGAAUUUGCUGCAGAGUGUCUCCACGCUCAAAAUGGGAGAACCAGUCACGUCCAACGACGUUUCGGAAGUUGCCAAUGUCAUUCCAAAGUCCUGGGUAGACCGAGUGCUUCAGGUCUGCUCUUCAAGCUCGUAUGAAAAGCUGCAGGCUGUGAUUGAGGACUUCGUGCUAGAAGGUUUUGCUGCAUCGCAGCUCUUCAAUCAGAUGCAUGACAUCAUCGUAAUGAGUGAGGACUAUACAGACAAGCAAAAAUCUGUGAUUUGUGAAAAACUAGCAGUGUGCGAUCACAGACUGUUGGACGGAGCAGACGAAUUCCUUCAGAUUAUGGAUUUAUGUAACACAAUUAUGGUGCAGCUGUGCAAAGCCGAUGUUUCUGAAUGAAUUUCCGUUUCCUUGUA